UGGAGACGGUUGCUGACUCUGACUGUCAGCGUCAUUCUCCGUGUUCUUGUUCUUACGUACGUUGUAAAACAUUUUCGAGAUUUCUUUAAUCGUUGACAAGUUUUUCUUCAAUUAGUGCAAAUAAACAUCAAGUAAAUAGUAUUAAUUUAUGUCCAUGUGUGUUUUGUGUACUUAUAUCCAAUAUUUGAUAACUUUUGUGAACUUUUAAAGUGUGUUCAAUUCUAUCGUACUACCGUGUGUCGCGCAGUACAUUGAAAAGUUGUUGACCAAUUUCAAACUUCUGAAGUGUAGUUGUUUUGGUGAUGAUAGAUGAUAAUCAUUUUGUUGUUAUGUGUGGUAACUGGCGAAUUGAAACAUAAGCGUAGCAAAAGGUAGCAUGGCGUAGAAUACUCUUGCCUGCUAACUGCCCAGUCAAUCGUCUUUCGAGUGCAUUGUAUCGAAGCUGACUGAUGCGGUGACACAAUGGACGCGGCGGACAAGCGAAUGCUGGAGCGAGAGGCGCUCCGCAACAUGAUCCAGCAGUGGAACGCCAAUCGCCUUGAUCUGUUCGCGCUCAGUGAACCCAAUGAGAAUCUGGAGUUCCACGGUGUUAUGCGGUUCUAUUUCCAAGAUUCGGGUCAGAAGAUAGCAACGAAAUGUAUUCGUGUCGCCUCCGACGCCACUGUGAGCGAUGUCAUAGAGACGCUAAUAGAGAAGUUCCGUCCAGACAUGCGCAUGUUGUCCCUGGGCUCGUACUCUCUGUGGGAGACGCACGGGCCGGACGACGAGCGCAAGCUGGAGCCGCACGAGAAGCCGCUGCUGGUGCAGCUCAACUGGCAUGCCGAUGAUAGGGAGGGGAGGUUCCUGCUUAAGUGCCUUAGCAACAAUGAGGUCCCGUUGUCGGCUGUGAACGACAAAGGAGAUCAAAACUUCAAACGAAAAUUAUCGAAACGAGAGAAGAAAGAACUGAAGAAAAAAGAAAAACUAUCGAGACUCAAAUCCGACACUAACGAUGAAAACAGACCAGUCGCCGAAAAACUUUACACAGAGUUGCCCGAGACGUCGUUUAUGCGCAGCAUCAGUAACCCCGAGGCGGUGAUGCGUCGCCGACGGCAGCAGAAACUCGGCCGCAAGUUACAGCAGUUCAAGUCUAAGGACGGGGGACCUGAUACAGGUGGAACAUUAAGGGUGUAUGGUUCAAUACUCCGUCCAGACGUGUCGUAUGUCACGCUACUGUUAUCAGUCAACGAUUCAGCAGCCACCGUGCUUCGGGAGACGCUUGACAAGUAUGGCAUGUCAUACCAAGACCCACAGCAGUUCUGUAUAGUACAGGAGGACAAAACCGACAAUUCAGAGUACAUACUAGAAGACGACGAGUGCCCGCUUGCUCUGAUGAAUAUGACAAGAAGCUCCAUCAUGUUCCACGUGCGGCGGCGGCCAGCGGACGUGCAGCCGCGGCGGCGCAAGAAGAAGGUGGGCGCGGGCACCGGAGCCGCUGGCGGUCGGCCCGGCAACGAGCCCAUGCUGGUGGAAAUGUCACCAGAUGCCACGCCACUGGAAAACGGACGACGACUCAGAAUCACGGACGUGGUCGAGGUGGGUUCUGGCAACGGUACGAGUCUCCAGCUAUACGGGCCGUCCAUACAGCCGCGGCACUGCGUGGUCGCGCCCGCGGAGGGCGGCGGUUACUCCGUCACGCCGUUGCACGCCGAUGCUCAUGUCUACGUCAACGGUCGCAGGAUCAUGCACUCGCAGCGGUUACAACACGGUUGCCUACUUAAAUUCGGGCGCGUUUCGACGUUCCGCUUCGUAGACCCGACACAGGAGAACCUCAUUAACAGGAACCUAGCGCAAUCACAGCACUUCGGCUCCGGCUCAAUAUACGACAGAUCGCCCACUUCGCCCGGCGAGAAUAGCGGUGCAAUGUCGCCGACGUCGAUGUCGUCGCACCAGCCCGACGCGCUCGACUCCAACGCCAACACUACCAACGACACAGAGUAUCAGAGGACGAUGAGUCCCGUGUCGCACGACACCUACUACCGGGACGCCAACGACACGAUGCCGCCUUACAACAACAAUAACAACUUGAAGCUCGACAACGAGUCGCUCAUUAUGUCGCAACACCUCAACGACACCAAAGACGACUACACGAAGGACGAUCACUCGAGCUCGGUGUACAACGACCAAGAUCAGAGCUCCAAUGUGAACCGCACGUCCAACUCUGUGCAACAAUACAAAGACAAUUACGAAACUACGUUCGACUUAGACGGAAACGUUGAGACAAAGAGCAUCUGCAGCGCGAAAAGCGGGGGCUCUGGACAUGACAACAGGAUGACGGCGGGUAUGAUAAGCGGUCGCGGGUGCCAGGAGGCGAUCUUGCCCGCGGUGUUGGAGUUCCCCGAGGCAGGCCAGGCGCAGUUCCUAGCCGCCGUCAUCACGCACCUCGAUCCACACGCGCCCGCCUUCAAGCUCGCACCUGUCUACACCCUGUAUCUAUGCGCCAGGUAUCGCGCGUCCACUCAUUACCGGCCGGAGUUGACGCCGACGGAGCGCGCCCAUAAACUGACGGCCUUCCUACACCACGUUGCUAAGCUCAUACACGCUACUGUACAGGAGCGUUGCAGCGAUUCGGCGGCUCAAGCGUUUUGGAUGACAAACGCGAGUGAGCUCCUACACUUCUUGAAAUACGACCGGCACAUAUCGUCGUUCUCGACACAAGCGCAAGAAGUGCUCUCGCUGACUGUGCAGAAUGCUUUUAGUAACCUAGUAACGUGCUUCCAAGAGGAAUUAUCCCGCGGCCUCGCGACGCUCACAAGCGCGGCACCAGCUGACGCGAACGAGGCGACGGCGCCGGCGCUUCAAGCGUUAGCGGCCGCCAUCGUGCUCUUGCGCCGGUGUCGCGUCAACGCGGCGCUAACUAUACAGCUGUUCUCGCAUCUCUUCCAUUAUAUUAAUGCUGUUUGUUUUAAUAAGCUGGUAACAGAGCCGGGCAUGGUGAGUGCUCGGUGGGGCGCGGCGCUGUCGGCGCGGCUGAAGGUGCUGGCCGCGUGGGCAGAGCGACAGGGGCUCGAGCUAGCUGCCGAGUGCCACUUCGCAAGGAUGAAUCAAGCUGCACGCCUCAUCCAAGGCGAAUACCGAACGCCAGACGAGGCAGUAGGCGCAUUAAAAGCCUGCUUUAAACUGAACUCAGUACAAACUCGCGCUUUACUGACUCCGCUCGCGCCGCCCGACGUCGUAGAAGCUGGAGUGGCGUAUGUACGUGCGCAUACGGACGAGUUGUACCGCGCAGAUGGACGAGACAUACGGCUCGAAGAGGCCGAGUGGCUUGGCGCUGGACUUCUGAUACCUAGUGAUGGGUUUAGUGCUGAGGUGGUGUGCGGCGUCCCUCCCGGUCUGGCGGAGUUCGUGGCACCACUCCAACGCGGGGGCCUCUGCAGAUUGGCACACCAAGCGCAAGCCCUCGGCGUGUGGACGGUGUACUUGUGCGGACACGCGCCGCCGCAGGCACGCCGGCCCGACCCAAGGCUGCAUAUCAUACAGCUGCAUAAGAACUCUAAUGGCAUGGGACUCAGUAUUGUUGCUGCUAAGGGUGCGGGACAGACGAAACUGGGUAUCUACAUAAAGUCAGUGGUACCGGGUGGCGCGGCGGCGGCGGACGGACGGUUAGCGGCCGGUGAUCAGCUGCUGUCGGUCGACGGACAGUCACUUGUCGGCAUUACGCAGGAAAAGGCGGCCGAAUACCUGGUGCGGACUGGGCCUACAGUGACGCUGGAAGUGGCGAAGCAAGGCGCCAUGUUGCACGGCUUGGCGACGUUGCUACAUCAGCCUGCGUAUAACCAGCGACAAGCGGGCGGUGCUGGUCAGGGCGCGGGCGGCGCGGUGCGGCGCGCGUCGGAGCGCGACCUGCCGGCGCGGCUGGCGGCGGAGGCGGGCGUCAAGUCCAGCAAGAGCACGCCCGCGCUGCACCACGUGGCCAGCCCGCCGCCGCACCACCAUCCGACUGUCAGCGUGCCAGUAAGCUCGCCGGCAGCGAGUGGGUCUCCGAGCGCUUGGCCGAGCAAGUCGCGCAGCAGCCACAACCUGUCGGCGCCGCAGCACGACGCCUUCUACCAGAACCUGUCCACCGUGCAGUCGCAGCAGCAUGCUCUGCAAGACAGAUGGUCAUCGCUGCGCAGUUCGACGGGCAGCAAUCGGCCGCAGUCAGCGCAUUUCGCAGCGGGCGGACACGCUGAGGCGCCGGACUCACCGUUACAUCACCAGCAUGGCGCAGCGAUGGCUCGCGCGGCGAAGCUGGCGGAGAUGUCUGAGGAGGUGUCGCGACGACAAAUGGCGUAUCAGCAGCAUCAUCAUCUCAUGGGCCAGCCUCAGAUGCAGCUGGCAAGUCCGUACGGCGGCCCCGCGCCGGGCGCGCCGCAGCACCCGCACAGCCCGCACCAGAUCUACCACAACCAACAUCAUCCGCCGCAGAGGUACGAAUGGAUGCCACCAGGCCCACCUUCACCGCAGAGAUCACAACCUCCCGUCGCUCCCAAGCCUCAGGGUACGAGACGAAUGGAAAUGGAUAUGGAAGAGCAACAUUCACAUCCGCAACCACAACAACCGCCUGCAACUGUACAGCCUGAAGACGAGCGGUACGUAGCAAGUGCGUUAGAGCCACCAGCAGUAUCAGUGUACCCGGCGGGCGGGGCUGCCGGGGCGGGCGGCGCGGGGCGGGGAGCUCCGCCUCACAACCCGUGGCAGCGGGAGGAGCGAGAGCGACAGCACGAGGCUAGGAGGGCAGCUGCACGCGCUAGGAGGGACGCGACAAUCGCCCAACUGUUAUCGCUGGGCGCGGCGCGAACGCCCGUACAGAACCAACAGCUGCGUGCAUUACAACUGGAGAGAGACUUCGAACUGAGAGCCACGCAGCAUGAUCAGGAAGAAGGCGCGGCAGCCGAAGGUUCAGAGGACACAGAGGAACAACUUGACGAGACGCCGGCGUCCCCUCCUCCCGCGUCCCCCGCGCCGCCUCCUCACGCGCUGGCGCCGCCCCAUCCGCCCAAGUCUAUACUCAAGACUAAUACCCGCACUGAGAUUACUAAUGGCUAUGCUAGUGAACAGGUGACUUACGAGGAGAGCAGAGUGUCGGAGGUGAGCGCGGCAGUGAGCGCGCUGAGCGUGGGCAGUGCCGGACCCGGGGCUGGGGUCGGGGCUCCGGCGCCGCCGGCGCGCGGCUCGUCGUUCGCGGUGAUGGCGGAGCGCGCGCGCACGCUGUCGCCGCCGCGCCACGACGCGCUGCAGCUCGCGCAACCCAAGCACGCGCAGCCGCAGUCCCCAGUAGGCAGCGGUCGCGACAAGCGCGUGUCGUUCCACGAGCGAGCCGCUCCCCCCGCGCCGCCCUCCACCUCCCCGCCGCCGCUGCACGAGCCGCCGCCACCGCCCGCGCAGGCACCCAGAGAGGACCCAGACCGGUUCAUCGAGGAAGCUGCAAGCAUGUUGUCGGGCGGCGUGUCGCCGGCCGCGUCGGGCGCAGCACCCGCGCACACGCCCGGCGUCAUCGGCGCGCAGGAGGUCUACAGGGACCCUCGUGCCCGUCGCCUGGCGGAGCAGCAGGCGCGGGCGAGCGCGGCGCCGGUGCCGGAGCAGCUCUCCUUCAAGGAGAAGAUGAAGAUGUUCGCGCUCGAGUCCGGCGAGGCCUCCACGCCCAAGGACAAGGUCAAAAUAUCACGCGCGCAACGAGACAUCGAUGCGGUACAUUAAAUCUAUAUGAUUACUUUUAAAUUAUACUUAUAUUACAUUAUAAAUAUCUACAUUUUGCGUGUACAUAAUGUUUAUGUCUAGAGGAAUAUAAUUACUCCUUAAAAUGAUUUUUAUAGUACCUAAUAUAACAAAGUUGUGACGUUACGUUACAAUUUUGUGUUACAGUAUUAAAGUAACAUAUUUAUUUUCUGAUCUUAUUACACAAUUGUGUAAGCGAAAAUUAUGUAAUCGUUAUUCAAACCAAUGUGUAGCUUUUCGGCAGCUUGUUUAUACACGUGUUAAAACACAUUACUAAGAAGAAAAACUAUAAAAGUCAGCAUUUUCGCUUUCACAUCAUGUAUGAAAUAAAUAUUGGGAAAAUAAUCCAAAAAUGUAUCUGUAAACGUGACGUGCGCGCGACGUACUACCAUGCGACCAACAGUAGCACCAAUUUUGUAUGUCAAUCAUAGUAUCUAAGAGAGUUUUCUUUCUCAAAUAGGUAUAUUUUUAUUGUUAUAGAAAUUUUGAAUGAUGUUUACAAGAUAUCGCUUUAGCAGCUAGUGCAAUGAUAUUAAAUAUAAAUAUACAUUACAAUUUAUCAGACCAUAUCUUAUUAUUAUAGAGAAUAGUUGGUUAUGUAUUCAAAAUUUUUAAUAGUAUUCAUAUUUUGGGAAUAUGUAGUAUAUAUUAACAGUGGGCACAUUCUAUGUAUGAAUUAGAGUCGGAACUAUUGUGCCAUUGUAUUAUUAUGUAAAAUUGGUUAUUGCCGAUGAUGGUAAAAGUAUUCAUUCUCUGGGAGGACCAAUAUAAUAAACGACAUUGGAGGGUGCCUUUACGUGUACCUUAAAGUAAAUUUACAUAUCAAUAAUAUUUCACAACACGCCGUUAUGUUUAUAUGCAUUGCCAUACAUACUUUUGUAACUUCGUUACAUUCCAAAGAACAUUUGUUUCUUUUCUAUUUUAUAUGUAUGUUAUAAAAGCAUUCCUAUGAAACAUGAAUGUAUUAUGUGUUUACCGCUAUAGCGGUUGUUAUCUUUUCAAUAUUUUUUCAAAGAUUGACCUGUUAUUACAAUUCGAAUUUUAACAAAAAGCAAUAAGAUAUUGUGAAGACUUUGUUGUAAAUACAAUUUUAAAGUAUAUAGGCUAAUUGCACGUGUUUGUGCCAAAAAAUAUGUUCCAUAUUGUGGCAAAACUCGCCUGAAGUGGCGGAUUAUUUUAUUCUGAAGCAACCCGGUAUUGGAUGAUUGGAAGUAACUUGAUUACUUUUGAAUUUGUAGUGUAGGCGGCCAGUAGUCCAUAGCUGUUUCAAAUCGCUGAACAUCACAAAAUAAAUAGUGAAUUUGCAAUUACAUAAAAAACCACGGAGCAUCUUAACAUCAGCUCAACUCGUUACAGACCACCCCACUGAUAUCAAGGCCAGCUAAAGCUUGACUCGUCACUGGUAAAUCUCGCGUCCUACUUAUUGAACAACAAAAAUCUAUAAAGAAUAAAUGAUGGCCCGUGUAAUAAAUUGACCGACUAUUUGCUUUGGAAUGUUCAGAGAAUGAAAAAAUAUUACUGCGCACCUUUGCUAGUAUUUACUCGAGUUAUAUGUAGAGAGGUGAACGAAUAUUGAGCAACAUGACGUGAAAUAUAAGCUUAUCUGAUAAUCUUCAGACUUUCUUAAUUUUAUGGUCAUUCUUAUUUGCUUCCCCACAAUUCAUAUAUCAUAGCUGUUUAUCGUAGCUUUUCAAAUAUUGCCUAAUCGCAUCUGCGUGUAUUCGAAAAAAAAGUGCAACCAUAUAAAUAUACUUCCAUCUCUGCCUAGAUUUUCUUCGGUCACAAAGUGAUAGUCCACGUCUGUACUUCAUUUUAAGUUCUGAAAUAAUCGAUAGGUUUUCUCACACACCAGGUUGCUACUCGUUACAUAAUUCUGGUUAAAAUUUUAUAGCACCAAUUUACUGUAUAUAAUGUAGGUAGUGAAAUCCUUGUGAUUAUAUUAGGGUUUUUGUACACCUGUUUGUAUUAUGUAAAUGUUUAUUGGAUGAGAGCGGCGGCAACAAUCUGACGACAAGUCGAGACGACAGGCCUACGAGAGGGUAGAGGUAGAUUAGUUCCUGGGGAUUCAGUUCGCAAUACCCAGUAUUCACCCAACGAUAGUCAAUUAGAGAAAGAUUGAGAUUAAUUUUAGAAAGGAGUUUUAAUGAUUUUAAUAGCUAUACUGUAUAUAAUUACGCUUGAAAAUGUCAACAUAGAUAUCAUUAUGAAUAUUUAAGUAACAUAUUUCGAAUAAUUAUUAUUAUGCAAACUAAUAAUUAUAUUUGUUAUUAACGGUAGCUAUUGUACUUCCUUUCUUUUGAAAAUAAAUAAAAUAACAUGGC